AUGGAGAGUGUAGAUGUGGAUGUUGCUAAUAGUGAUCCUGAGUUGAGUGAGUUAGGAACACCUCCAGAAUAUGAAUCACUGGGAUGUACAGAUUCCACAGUUCCUCCACCACAGGUGUCUGUGCAACAACCACAACUACCAGAACACAGAUUUACUGAUCUUCCCUACCUUUCUGAAGAUGAUGUAAGAGAUGUAUUAAUUGAUCAUGUUGCUAAUCAGGAUUGCUAUGGUAAUCGAGCAGCAAGAGAAAUGAACAUCAGUAACAUUAUUCCGUCCAAUGCACUUCAUUAUGAAUUGAUUAGUUUCACAGAAUGCCGCCAUACUAAGCAUGUCAGUGUGCCAUACGGAAGUGGUGAAGUCGAUGGUCCUUCGAAUGGAACACCACCUAGUCCUUGGGAUAUUGAAGUAAGCUAUCGGCAUAUAUUUGUAGAUGAAGUCAAAUACUUAGAAAUACCGCAUACAGCGUCCAUCAGAUCAUGUUAUUCUUGUCACGGUUCCGGGAGAGUGGAAUGUUGGAGGUGUGGAAAAUGUGGUGGCUGUGGUAUUGUUACUUGUAAAACAUGUCAUGGGUUGAAAGAACUCAAAUGGUAUGACAAGCUGACAGUCACAUUUGCCAAUAUGAUUGAUGAACAUGUUGUUGAACACACUGAUUUACCAAAUCAUCUCAUUAAAGAUGUUCAUGGUACCGUAAUAUUUCAAGAGACUGAAAACCUAGUUCAGCCAAUCAUGAACCAUCCUGAUCAAGAAUUGAAUACCUUUUCUAAAAGUUUAUUAGAUUCUCAUGUGAGGAUGUGCCAGACUGAUAUGAAGAAAAUUCACAGACAGAAACACACCGUAAGAGCUGUUCCUGUAUCAGAAGUUCAUUGGACAUGGCAAACCAAGGGCAAUUCAAAUUUUGAAGAUGAUGAUAAUAGUAACCAUGGCAGCAAUUAUUACAUAGCAAUGGAGAAUGUAGAUGUGGAUGUUGCUAAUGGUAAUUCUGAUUUGAGUGAGUUAGGAACACCUCCAGAAUAUGAAUCACUAGGAUAUACAGAUUCCACAGUUCCUCCACCACAGGUGUCUGUGCAACAACCACAACUACAAGAACACAGAUUUACUGAACUUCCCUACCUUUCUGAACAUAAUGUGAGAACUGUACUAAUUGAUUACGUUGCUGAUCACUUUUGCUAUGGUAAUCGAGCAGCAAGAGAAAUGAACAUCAAUAACAUUAUUCCAUCCAAUGCACUUCAUUAUGAAUUGAUUAGUUUCACAGAAUGUCGCCAUACCAAGCAUAUCAGUGAACCAUAUAGAGGAGGUGAAGUUGAUGGUCCUUUGAAUGGAACACCACCUAGUCCUUGGGAUAUCGAAAUAAGCUAUCAGCAAAUAUUUGUAGAUGAAGUCAAAUACUUAGAAGUACCGCAUACAUCAACUAUCAAAUCAUGUCAUACUUGCCGUGGUUCUGGGAGAGUAGAAUUAUCAUGCUCCUCAUGUGAUGGUGAUGGUCGUGGUCAUGCUACAUACACAACAUAUCAAAAUAACCGCAGAGUAACAAAAUCUAAACUAUGUGGUGGAUGUAGUGGAUCAGGAAAGGUGGUGUGUGGAACUUGUGGCGGCCUUGGUAGUGUUACCUGUAAAACAUGUCGUGGGACGAAAGAACUCAGAUGUGCCAAUAUGAUUGAUGAACAUGUUGUUGAACACACUGAUUUACCAAAUCAUCUCAUUAAAGAUGUUCAUGGUACCGUAAUAUUUCAAGAGACUGAAAACCUAACCAUGGAGCUAGCUCCUUGCUCAGACAUUGAAGAACUAGAAGAAGCGCCAAGAAGUGCAUCAGAAAAGAAAUUAUCAUCACAUGGUGACGAUGAUGAGAUGGCUGACGCAGAUGGAUCGAUGAGACUGAUCGAUGUCUACAUUGUAAAUUGCUAA